AUGACAAUGGCCGCCGACCGCGAUGGGCUCCUUUCCGAGAAACAUUACGAUGACGACGCCGCCAUCGUAGCAUCCGAUCCAACUUCCGGGUCCGACAGCGAAGGCGAGGAUGAUGCGGAUACAGUCACAGACCGUGAUCGAGACGUCCUGGAAGAGUCCGAGGCACAAGAGGCGUUGUUGCACAAGCCCCCCAGGUUUGCGCCGGCUCGAGGACUCCUCCGGCUCAAAGAUCGCAUGAAAGAUGGCACGACCAAAACCACACGUCGGAAGACUCGGACAAAGCGGUCCAAACGGGGCAAAGAGACAUCGGAUAUGAUUUUCGAGAUGGAAGGCGGUUUCAAAGACACAAGUUCGCAGUCUUCCCUGGAUUCAUUCGAACUUGAUGGUACAAAAUGGGAGAAGAAGCCCCCUCGCCAAUCGCACCGUGGCCGCCUGGCGUUGAUACACGUCGCCAUCAUCGUUUUGUUCGUGGCCCUGGUUUUCGGUGCCUAUAAGGCUUCCCGAAGGACCUUCUCGCCGACAGUCCACCAACCCACUAAACUCAGCAACGGCACCCACAUCUUCAGACCAACGACGAUCCUGAUAUCUCUCGACGGGUUCCGCGCCGACUUUUUGAAUCGCAACAUCACUCCGGCUUUGAAUGCGUUCAUUGCGAGCGGCGUGUCUCCGAAAUAUAUGCUUCCGUCAUUUCCUUCCGUCACGUUCCCCAACCAUUUCACCCUUGUUACCGGCCUCUAUCCUGAAAGCCAUGGAAUUGUCAGCAACCAAUUCUGGGAUCCCGAGUUGGAGGAAGAAUUUUACUACACCGACCUGAGCGUCUCAAUGCAGCCGAAAUGGUGGAUGGCCGAGCCACUCUGGGUGACAGCUGAACACCAGGGUGUCAGAUCUGCAAUUCACAUGUGGCCUGGGUCCGAAGCACAUAUUCCCGACGUGAAUCCCACUUAUCUGGACAAAUACAAUGGUUCAGAGGCCUUACCCCGCAAGGUCGAUCGGAUCCUACACUGGCUUGACUUACCCGGUGAUGACGAUGAUGCAGCUACAGCUGCACCAGAUAGCGAGAGACGGCCCCAGUUUAUCGGGGCUUACGUGCCAAAUGUCGAUGCAGACGGACACAAAUACGGCCCCAACAGUACCGAGAUUAGAGCAACCAUUGCAGAUGUCGACAGUAUGUUGACCAUGCUCGUCGAAGGACUUUAUGUACGCAACUUGACUGAAAUUGUCAAUAUUGUGAUUGUCUCAGACCACGGCAUGGCAACGACUUCAACAAGCCGACUGAUCCAACUAGAAGAUAUCAUGGAUGUAUCUCUGGUCCACCAUAUUGACGGCUGGCCGCUGAGAGGCUUGCGCCUGAACGACCCUGAUCGAGACCUGGAGGACUUGUAUCAACAUUUAUCUGCUGAGGCCAAAAAACCAGGUAGUGGUUUUGACGUCUAUACCCGCGAAACAAUGCCGGAACGGUACCACUUUUCCCACAAUCCCCGGAUCGCUGAGCUUUGGAUCAUCCCCAAGACAGGCUGGGCCGUCGUGACAAAGGAAGAUUUUGAUGUUGCUGACGCCCUCAAGACGGGGAAAGAGUACUCGCCAAAAGGUCUUCAUGGCUAUGACCAUGAACAUCCACUUAUGCGCGUCAUUUUUGUCGCUCGUGGCCCUGCGUUCCCGCAUACACCUAAUAGUCGUCUGCCGGUUUUCCAAAAUACCGAGGUGUAUAAUAUCGUUUGUGAUUCGUUGGGGAUUGCUCCGCAUCCGAAUAAUGGCACUUUGAGGCUUCCUUUGAAACCGGAGGGGUUGCAUAGCGAUCCUGGCGCUCCUGGGCUUGAAACUCCGGCGGAUCCUGAAAAUGAAGACGAGAAUGAGACUGAGAGUCAAGGUCUGCCAGUUGACAAUCCAAAUGCUGAUAAGGAUGCGAUCGUCGCAGAUCAAGAGCAAGAUCAAGACGGAAAUGGAGAGUCAGAGUCGGCAGCUACAGAUAAUGAGGCUGACGGUGACAGCGACAGCGACCACUCUUCUGGUCAAGAACAAAAGAGCACUUGGUGGCAGUUCCUACAUGGCCAACUUCAAAAGGCAAAAGAAUGGGCCAAAGAAUUUGUCGAAUCUAUCAAGGGCAACAAGAAGGGUGAAGACGCCGGCAGUGGCCCUCCAGUCUGA